AUGCACGGAAGACCUUCAAUCCUCGCCACUGUGGCAGCGGCCGCACUGACAUGUGCGACCGUAGUCAAUGCAGACUGCGAUCCGACUUCUCUCAACACGACAAGCUUCAAUUAUGUCAAUGACAUUGCCAAUCAGACUGUCUAUGAGAUGGCUGUCAAGUUCAACCGUGGUGUCUGUGACAUUGGCCGUGCCAACCUGAUGGUUGAUGUGUCCGUAGUCCCUAAUGUCGGUCAGACCAUCAUCAUUCCGGGUGAGGUCUGCGACCCAGACUGGACCACGUGUGUCAUUGACGGACCUGGCACCAAUGACUGCCUGAUCGGAGGCCCACGGCUGUACUACACCCUCAACGGCGACACCCUCUGGAAGAUUGCCGGGCGCCUCAACAUGACCCUUGACGCCGUCCAGUGCGGCGGCAACGGCUGCAACACCAACACCACUUGCACCAAUGGCAUCUGCCCCGGUGGUGGUGGCGCCCAGUACAGCGCCAACGAGACUAUUCCCGCCGGCAAAUUCAUCAAGAUUCCCAUGUGCUACCCGAGCACCUGCGAGAUUGAGCCCUACUCCUUUUCCUCUGGCGUGUACAAGGACCUUGCCGACGAGUAUGGCUCUACCGUUGGGCAAAUCCAGAUGCUGAGCCCGACAUACAACUACAGUUACAUUGCCAAUGAAGGUGGUACUGCGCCUCCAAUUGGGCUGCCCAAGAACUGCCGUCUCUUGUCGUCCAACUAUACCAUUUUGGACUAA